AUGGACGCGGUAAACUUGCGCCGCAAGGACACCACCAAAGGUCCGCCGCUUCGGAUUCUAUCGCUAGAUGGCGGUGGCGUCCGAGGUUACUCGAUGCUUAUCAUCCUGCAGGAGUUGAUGUAUCGCAUCUACGUCGAAUGCGAAGGCAAAGCCCCGCGGCGCGAUCAGAUCCCCAAACCCUGCGACCAUUUCGACCUCAUUGCUGGCACCGGCACCGGUGGGUUAAUUGCUCUCAUGCUGGGGCGCCUGCGCCUCGACCUCGAGACCUGCAAGGAAGUCUACGUGCGCAUGACCCGUCGAGUCUUCGAGACCGACAAGACCAUCGCCGGCAUUCCGUACCGGUCGACGUUAUUCAAGGCCUCCAAGCUGGAAGAGGCUAUCCGCGAGUGUGUCCGAGAACAUACCGUCUACGAAGCGGAGGGAAACGAUGCGUCCCCCGGCGGCGCUCGCAACUCCAUGGCCAGCGCGCCUUUCAGUCCGAACUCCCUUCCGCAGCGCUCCGGCAGUCGCGCCAGCUUCAGCACCAGCACGUCACAUUCUUCGAACCCGAGUCAGCGGGGCUCCGCAUACAUCAACGGUCUUCGGUGGGGCAAUCCGGACGCGCUGUUGUAUGAUAACCGGGAAUACCGGACCAAGACUGCCGUCACUGCAUUGUAUAAAGGUACCACGCGGCAUGGAAAUUCCGUGCUCCUCAGAUCCUACGACUCCCGCAAGGAACCGCCGCCUGAAUUCAACUGUACGAUAUGGCAAGCCGGUCGGGCCACGUCGGCGACCGGACUCGCCUUCAAGCCCAUCCAGAUCGGCCAGCACGUGUUCAUCGACGAAGGGGCCGGCACGUACAAUCCGUCGCCGCAGGUUCUAGACGAGGCCGCCGUCAACGAGUGGCCCGGACGGGAAGUGGGCGCGUUCAUCAGCAUCGGCACGGGUCGACGCCCGUCGGGCACCAACAACCGACAGCACGAGUGGUGGGAGGACUUCUUCGGCGACGCGCUGGGCACGUUCGCCGAGGCGCGACGACGACUGAUCGCCAAGAUCGAGGGCUGCGAAGAUAUCCACAAGGACAUGCUGCGCGACCAUCUGGCCAAGCGCAACGUGAGCAAGGACAAUUACUACCGGUUGAACGUUGAGGUGGGGGUGGGUGAAUUCGGCAUGAACGAAUGGAACCGGCUGGUCGACAUCAGCACCAAUACCCGUCGGUACCUCACACGACCGGAGGUGAAGAAGCAGAUUCUCGAUGCCGGUGUGAAGUUCGCCAAAAUCGAGCGCAUGAACCAGCGGCUGGCAGCCCACCAGGCGGCUGGUAACUCGGACAUGCCCAACUUCCAGGAUGACGGCUCCAUGUAUAUUCAGAGUCCUCGACUGUCAGUGCCGCCGCCGCCGCAUUUCGUCGUUGAACUACCCGCCGAAUUGCCGGGCGACUUCGUCCUGCAUCCCCCUUCCAACGCGGGGUCCGUCGACGACCGACUCCCUGUGCAUCCCACGCCGCAGGACACGGUCAUGCCGUCGCCGGCGCGAGGGUCGGGCAGCGAUCUCGGCAGUUUCUGUCCCAGCGACGUCAGUCGACCCGGAUCGCAACAGCACGGAUCCCCGCGACGGAGUAUGGACCACAUGUUCGAACACGGGGCGCCGCCCGUGCCUCCCAAGACCCCAAUCCCUUAUCCGCCCGACCACCCGAGCGAGCUGGGCGAGGUCCCGAUGCCCAUGCCGUUGUCGGUCGCCAGUCCCGGGCGAAAUGGCAAAGUGCGACCGCCGUAUCCCGUGGAUGAACCGCCUCCGGUGGUGAACAAGCAGCGAAAGCCCAGUUACCACGUGCGGUGA